CGGCGCUGGAGGUACUCUCAACAAGAUGGAUGAUGUAAUAAUAAUAAGUGAUGAUGACUAUACUCCUCCUGCUGCUCAGCAACACAGAAAAGCCACAUCAGACAGCAAGAUAGACCAGACUGCUGGCUGCUCGCUGGCUGCCGGGCUCGGCGGGACCAAAGCCGUCUGCAGGCGGGGCGAUGACGCGGAACCGCCCGAGCUCCGUGAUCGUCACUUGUCGACCGGAAACUGCUCCAAGUCGGUCGCAGAUGACCGGCCUGCCCGCUCCAGACGGCCGGCUGGUGCUAUUGGCGGCGAGGAGGCCAACCCGGAGCCCAAGUGUGCCCGCUUGGACUCCCGGUGUCGCGGUGACCAGAAAACAGAAGAGACAUCAGAGUCGAAACCGGAACCGGAACCGGAGCAGAAACCAGAACCGGACCCAUGUAAAGAUGGUCUGGAGGAGGUGUGCGCUCUGCUAAAGCCGCUGCUGUCCGGGCCCGAGCUGAAGAUAGAGGCGAAGGUGCGGCGCCGCCACGCUGCCGUGCUGGCGGUGACCAGCGGUCAUCCCGGGCGAGUCCAGCACCUGAUUGGAGUGACGCGUCAGUGUGCCGAACGGCUACGUGCAGAGCCGGACCGCUGCUUCACCGUGGUGCGCGGCUUCCUAGAGCAGCUCGACCAGUUCAAGAUCGUGGCAUAUUCGGCGCAGAGCUGCUCCGCGCCGCGAGUGGCGCUAAAAGCAAACGCCGCCGCUGACAACACUGAAACAGCAGCGACGGAUAAUGUCGCAAGAGCAGCAGACAAAGUUGACAAAUCGAAGAAAGCUAAUUUAAAUGACGCACCAAAGGCAUCACCCUCUCCCUUUGCAACGGUGGACGGCUCAGCAGCGCCUUCUGAGCAGAACGAGAGGGAAAAACGUCGACAUCGACGUCACGUGGCCAAGUUAGAGAAGACGCUGCGCCGGCUGGAGCGCGAAAUCGUGCGUCAGGAUAAGCUGGAGGUGGACUGGGAUGACGCCGCCUGCUCGGCUUACAUCGUGGGUGCCCGCCUAAAGCGGCGCUACGUGCGGGUGUAUCGCUACUACUGCCGGCUGGUGGGCGCCACCGAGGAGGCUGAGAAACUCGACUGGCAGCCAAUCCGCUUCCACGGCACCGGCUACUCGCAGAUCAACCGGCGCAUCGAGAAGUUCGUCAACCGCAAUCGCGAGUUCCCCGACUUCACGGACGUGCUGAGCCUGAUCAAGCAGGCCAACCAGCACUGUCGGCUGCAUCUGGGCCCGACGGCGCUGCACGACCAGGCCGAGAGGGCGUUCCUGCAGAUCGGGACGCUGCUACAGAAGCAGCGCCGCGUUGCGCUCGCCGAGUCCAUGGAUGCGCUGACGGGCACUGAAGACUGGCGUGGUUGCGAUCCGUCGGCGACCGACCCGAUUCUGGCCGAGAAGCUAGCUCAGAGCGCCGCCGAGGGCUCCAAGAGGCUCAAUGAGAAGUUUAGUGACUUUGUACAGCGUCAGGAGUCGAUGGCUGCUGAGCGGCGGAUGAAGCGCGCCGAGUCGGACAAGGACGAAGACGGGAGGGAGGAGGAAGAGAACGAGGACGAGGAUGAGGAUCAGGAGGACGAUGACACGGAGGAGUCUGAGGUGACGGACGAGGAGCUGGAGGCGAACCGCGAGGAGCCGGCUGGCGCCAAUACCUUCGGGCUGGAUUAUAGUGAUCAGGAGGGCGUCCCGAUGGGCUAGAGUUGUCCGAAACAGUGGCUGUAAUGGCGGCAAGAGAUGGAAGCAGUGGAUGGACCUGGAAAUGGAGUGAUGAUUAACAGUUGGGAAAGACGAGUGAUGCGCCUGAUUCGCGUAGCGCGGUAAAGGUCGAAAAUAGCGCAAAAUCUGAGGCGAUUGCUGAUCUAGUGACUUGUCUUCAGAGUGCAGUGAGGACAUGGCUCCCGAAUUCAAGAAAGUUGAACUGCCUGCUGAGUCGCUGGACUUUGAUACCAGGUCAGGUCACAGAGGUCAGGUCACUGGGGGAUCACAAUAUGAAAGUGUCGUGUGAUACAUGUUUUAUGGUCUAUUUUACAUGACAAAUGCGAUUAUGUGGGUCAGGCAGCCUUUGGAGCCAGCUUAGGUCACGUUUUGGUAUAUAGCAUUUUGCUAUAUUAAAAAUUGCAUUACUUUAUGCUAGGGCUGUCAUAAUAUGAUGUGACCCUAAGCUUUAAAAAUCACAGGAUGAUUAUAUAGGACUAUUUUUAACCCGCGCCCCGUAGGGCUAUCGGCGGACCCUACCGCCCGUAGGGGAGGGGCCGUUUCGCCCCCCCCCCCUAAGAUCUCGGAAAUUU